AUGGUCUUCUGGAACGUGAUCAAGUGCCCAAUCCCUCCUGAUGCGCUUCCUGGUGUUAAACCUACUAUCAGAUCAGCUAUUCAUAGAAUGGGCUUGCAUGGUUCGUUGCGAAUCUAUGCGUAUGGUGACAAAUCCUUACUCGACCAUAAAGAUGUCUUUCGGGAGGCCAAAAUUUCUUGCUGUGUAGAACGUGAACAACUCCCGGAUGCCGAUAUCGAAGAUGUACUAAAGAAUGGCGGUAUCGGAGAUCCUAGUGAAAUCUAUUUGGACGUUCUUAUGAUCACGGAACAGGCCUGUGAUCCAGCAAUUAUAAUGGUAGUCCCAAAACCAGACCAAGAUAGUGAGUUGCACAGGGUGCUCGAGUGUUUGCAAUCGAGAGAUCACGAUGUUCUCCUAGUAGACCCGCCUGUUGGUGACAGUGGUGGUCAAUUUCUUAAAUCUGCAGAGUCAGUACUUGCUUGUACACAAUGUUUAGAUGGAGAGCCCACAACCAGGCCGGACUGCGUUUGUACUUACAGUAGUUGA